GAGAGAAAGAGGGACAGGAGAGAUUUCCUUUUCCCAUUUUUCCUUUCUUCGCUUUUCCCUUUUUCACUGGGGAGGAGGAUGGAGCUGCUAAUCUAAACACUGCUGCAGAGUUCCAGACAGCGUAGCACCCAGGUCUGAUUUCUCUCUCCUGCUGGGUUCCUCUUGCUGCUCCUCUGGCCCUAUCGUGCCCCUCUAGACCCCAUCGCUUCCCCCUUGCCUUCCGCUCCGUCCCGUCUGCUGACCAUGAAGCUCUGCUGGGUCCUCCUAACUCUGGCCAUCUUCUGGGUGGAGCUCCAAAAUGGUGAGUAACUUUCUGAUCCUCCAUGCCUCUCCUCCAUGUCUGUUUGUUCUUUGCGUUUUAAGUUUGAAUACACAGUGAUAUAUGUUGAUUCCACCAUAACUGCUUUGCUGUAAUCUGAGAGCAGCCUUUGGGAUUUGAUAAUCUUAUAGUUUUGUCAAAUCUGAGUUGAUAUUGGAGUUUAGUACCACAGUGAUGGGAGUGCGGGGGAGAAGCAUAGUCUGUGUGCCAAGUGAAUAUCAUUUACCUAAAGGAUAAGACAGUGACAGCAGUGAUUUUAGAAAUCACAUAAGACUUUAUGCAGCAAUAGCCAAAGUAUUUUUUACUGUGGUGUUUGGUCUCUCUGGAAAGACUUGCACAAUAAUAAAUAUUUCAUAAAUCUUAUGAAAUACAGGUAACUGCCAAAAUAAAGGAAACACGGGCCACCUUGGCAUAUAUUCUACAAGUGUCUGGAACACUAUAAGAGGGAUGUGACACCAUUUUUCCACAAGAAAUUCCAUAAUUUGGUGUUUUGUUGAUGGUGGUGGAAAACGCUGCCUCAGGCGCCGCUCCAGAAUCUCCCAUAACUGUAUCAUUGGGUUGAGAUCUGAUGACUGAGAAGGCCAUGGCAUAUGGUUUAGAUCAGGGGUGUCAAACGUCCGGCCCGCGGGCCGGAUCAGGCCCGCAAACGGGUUUAAUCCGGCCCGCGAGAUGAUUUUGUAAAGUAUAAAAAUGAGCUGCAAUUUUUCAAUAAAAGAAACUGCUGUUCCAAUUGUGUCCACUGGAUGGCGCAAUAGCAAUUGUGUUAAGCAAGCAAACUGUUUAUACCGGGGCAGAGUAAAUAGGUCAAGCAAGUGCAGCCAGUCCGGAUGAGCUACUUUGUUUUGCCCGCGAUAUUUAUUACGGCUUCUACUUUUAACAUUAUGUGCUUUGGCACCCUCAUUGCCCCAAUAUGUCUCUGUCAAAAAAGAGAAAAGUGGACGGAGUGCAGAGUGUUCCAAGAAAAAUUGUCAUCCUUCUAUUUAUUCACGGAAUUGAAUGGGAAAGCUGUAUGUUUGGUGUGUUCACAGCAUGUUGCAGUGCUGAAAGAAUAUAACCUUCGUCGCCACUAUGUGAGUCUUCAUGCCGACAAAUAUGACAACUUUCAAGGACAGCGGAGAAGAGAGAAGGUGAAUGAACUGUUGGUGGGUCUGAAGAAACAGCAGUCUGUGUUUACUCACAGCCGAGACAUCAGUGACGCUGCAGUGAAAGCUAGCUACCUCAUUGCUAAUGAAAUCGCAGUGGCUUCAAAACCAUUUAGUGAGGGUGAAUUUGUAAAAACAUGCAUGAUGAAGGCAGCAGAGAUUGUGUGCCCUGAAAAGCACCAGGCUUUUGCAAAUAUCAGCCUGACAAGAAACACAGUUGCAGACAGGAUUUCCAAUCUUUCAGUGGAUUUGGACAGCCAGUUGAAGCAAAAAGUAAAGUCAUUUAUUGCGUUUUCGGUUGCAAUUGAUGAAAGCACGGACAUUACAGAUGUUGCACAACUGGCCAUUUUCAUCCGCGGAGUUGAUGACACAUUGACCGUCACCGAGGAGUUCGUGGAGUUGGUGCCGAUGACUGAUACAACGACAGCAGCUGAUAUUUUCACUGCACUCGUCGGCGCGCUGGACAGGGUCGGAGUGGACUGGUCCCGCGCUGUCAGCCUGGCUACAGAUGGUGCGCCCUCAAUUAUCGGGAAAAAAGCAGGCGUUGUGACAAAGUUCAGAGAGAAAGUGCAAUCUGCAAAUGGAGGAUGUGAAUUUUGGACUUUUCACUGUAUUUUGCACCAGGAGGCUUUGUGUUGCAAGUCAUUAAAGAUGGAUAACGUCAUGAAGGUGGUCAUCCAAACUGUUAAUUUCAUCCGAUCCAGAAGCCUGAAUCACCGUCAGUUUGACAGCCUUCUCAGAGAGAAAGACCACAUCUAUGGCCUGCCAUACCACACUGAGGUAAGAUGGUUAAGCCGAGGUGCUGUGCUGAGGCGUUUCUUUGAUUUACGAGAAGAGAUUGAACAGUUCAUGGAAGAAAAGGGUAAACCAGUGUUAGAAUUUAAUUCCGCAGAAUGGAUGCAGGACCUUGCAUUUAUGGUGGAUGUUACAGAGCACCUGAAUAACUUGAACAAACAGCUGCAAGGGCGCAACAAAGUUGCCACGCAGUAUUAUGACAGCAUACGUUCUUUCAAGUUGAAGCUGUCAUUGAGGGAGACGCAACUCGCCGGUGGUGAUGCAGCUCACUUCCCCUGUCUGAAAAAUGUGUGCGCGACCCAACAUGUGGCAGACAUGAAGCGGUUCAAAGAUAAAAUAACGGGACUGUUAAGGGAGUUUGAGCAACGCUUUCAGAUUUUUGGUGAACUGGAGAAAGACUUCAACGUUUUUUGUUCGCCAUUCACCGUGAAUCCCUCUGAUCUGCCCGUCAGCAUCCAACUUGAAAUAAUAGACUUGCAGUGUGACUCGGAUUUGAAGGGCAAAUUUGCCGCAGCUGGCUUGGACACAUUUUAUCAGAAUCUCUUGCCAGGUUACCCCAACUUGACAGCCCUCGCUGCAAAACUGUUGUGCAUGUUUGGAACCACAUAUCUUUGUGAGCAAGUUCUCUGUAAUGAGCAUAAAUAAAACAAAGCUGCGCUCAAGACUCACGCACAAGCACUUGAAUCACAUCCUGAAGUUGGCUGCCACUCAGGAUGUGACGCCUGAUAUUGAUGCGCUGGUGAAAGCUAAAAGAUGCCAGGUAUCAGGAGUCAAAUAAACUAUGCAACCCCACUUAAAGUGCUGCAUGAGACACCCUGAUAUAGUUCUGUGAUCUGUGAUAUACUUCUGUGAAUCACUGAGGCAUUGUGUGUUUGUGUGUUGUUUGUCCUCAGAAUUUCAAAUAACUUGAGGUGUUUUAUGAUUAAUAGUGAUGUUGUGCUUUUGGACACACUGUCCUCAGGCUCCAGCUUUAUGUUUAUAUGUUUUUAUGUUGAUGUGCUAUUGUUUUUAAUUGAUUUUAUUUUAUUUGUAUAUUUAACCUAUUCUUGACUCUGUGGUUCUUGCACUUGUUUGGGGAACAGGAUUUCAUUAUUUGUAUCUACAUUUCUGCCUGAGAAAUGACACCCUGAUAUAGUUCUGUGAUCUGUGAAACAGUUAUGUGAAUCACUGAGGCAUUGUGUGUUUGUGUGUUCUUUUUCUUUAGAAUUUUCAAAUAAACUUCAGGUGUUUUAUGAUUAAUAGUGAUGUUGUGCUUGUACUAUUUUGGACACAAUGUCCUCAGGCUCCAGCUUUAUGUUUUAUGUUGAUAGUAUUAAAACAAAGAAAACAAUCUGAAGUUGUUGUUUUUAAGUUAUAUAUACCAUGAUUUUACCGGUCCGGCCCACUUGGGAAUAGAUUUUCCUCCAUGUGGCCCCUGAGCUAAAAUGAGUUUGACAGCCCUGCACUAUACAGACACGUACACGUGGAUUUUGUGUUGUAGAUAUGUGGUUGUGGAGUAGGGGCCUGAGGGCACACACUUAGUGUGUUGUGAAAUCUUUUAUGAAUGUAAUGUUUUAAAAACUGUGUAACUGUUAAUUUUGCCAGACCCCAGGAAGAGUAGCUGCUGCCUUGGCAACAGCUAAUGGGGAUCCCUAAUAAAUACAAAAUACAAAUACAAUCACCUCAUGUUUCAGCAUGAUAAUGCACAGCCCCAUGUCGCAAGGAUCUGUACACAAUUCCUGGAAAAUGUCCCAGUUCUUCCAUGGCCUGCAAACUCACCGGACAUGUCACCCAGUAGGUUUGGGAUGCGCUGGAUUGACGUGUAUGACAGCCUUUUUCAGUUCCCGCCAAUAUCCAGCAACUUCGCACAGCCAUUGAAGAGGAGUGGGACAACAUUCCCACAGCCACAAUCAACAGCCUGAUCAACUCGAUGUGAAGGAGAUGUGUCGCGCUGCAUGAGGCAAAUGGUGGUCACACCAGAUACUGACUGGUUUUCUUAUUUGUGACCAACAGAUCUGUAUUCAUAGUCAUGUGAAGUCUAUAAAUUAGGGCCUAAUGAAUUCAUUUCAAUUGACUAAUUUCCUUAUAUAUGAUCUGUAACUCAGUAAAAUCUUCAAUUGUUGUUGUGAAAACUCUAUGUUUUCCUAUCGUUUUUUAUGUAUUUUCCUAUGUUUUUUUCAGGGUUUCACUCUCAAAAUCACACUUUUUUAUACAUAAAUUACAAAAAUUGGACGUUGUAAGUCCACAACAAUGCUUAAACCACAUCAGAUACCAUUUUUAAUGUCUGGGAAAAAAUACAUACAUUUGGGAGGGUAUAGUUGCCCAAUUCAAAUGUGCACCUAGCAAGAGACCAUUUGGCUAGUGGUGUUUCUGUACUGUACAAUGUAAAAAACAAAUGCCCUCCCGAUUGAUACAAAUCAUCAUGAUAUCAUUCAGCCAGGUAGGCUUACUUUGCAGUCAACAUUUAAUUGGGAAGGUUUUUUGGGAAAGUCGUUAGACAUGUUCAUUCAAACAGCACAUGAAUACUGAAAAAGUCGGAGCUCUAGAAAGAGGCCCAUGUUCCCGAGUUGGAAUUCCAAGUUGGAUGACCUUUCAAAUACAUUUUUCCCAGUCGGGCUUGUUUUUUUCUGAGUUCCCAGUUGUUUUGAAUACACUAAGGUCGGAAGUUCGAGAUUUCCAAGUUCCGAGUUCCUAGUUGUUUUGAACGCUUCAUAAGCACACGGGGAGCUAUUCAAUAUUCAAAAUAACGUCACAGUGUGACGCAUGGGUGCAUCAAUCAUUGGCAGCAGCAUUUAACAGGGAUGGGCACAAUUGAUGGGGUGGGGGCCACAAAAAAACUGAACUCAUCGUGAGGGCCCGCAGUGGCCCUUGAGUCUGCGUACCCACAUCCGCACCCACCCCCCCCCCCCCCCCCCCCCCCCACCCCCACCUUGUGAGCAAAACAUUUUAGCGGCCCCCCUCGUGACAGCGAAGAGAAACAAUUUAAGUUUUAAAGUUCAUUUCCUGGAAUUCUACACAUCUUUCCAUGGGGCAGAGAAGAUCUGGCAAUUGUAUAACUAAUUUCAUGCAAUUCUACUCAUUUUGCCAUGGGGAAGAGACAAAAAUUGACAGUUUUACAGCAAAUUUCCUGCAGUUCUACAUAUUUUACCAUAGGGUGGGGGCAAAUGUUUGCAGUUUUUAAUAUGAUAACUGAUGAUCAAUGGGCCCCACCCCGGUCGGUAAUUCGACCAUGCUUACUACAAGUUUAGAUAGCUGGCCACUAGACUAAUUUACCAAUCUAAAAUAAAUUAGCUGACAUGGGUUAAUUGAGUGACUGCUGAUGCACAACCACAGGCCUACUAAAGGGCCAGUUGCCCAUCCCUGAUUUAGAGCACGUAACAGGUGUUAUCAAUUAACCUGCUUUUAAUUUUAGAGAUCUUUGCUUUCAAAAUGUCUAAUACAGAACAAAUGAAACAAACAAUGAGCUGAAAUAUCAUCACUCGUAAGUCUGAACAAUUACGCUGUUGACAAAUCUCUUUUCCUACAAUAUACCUGCGAUAUAUUUUGUCUGGAACAUACCCCUUAUCAACUUAAACUAACCCCAAAAUAACAGAAUCAACAUAUUGUCACGACCGUCUUGAAAGGGAGCAGACCAAUACGCAGCGCGUUGAGUGAACAUGAUGACUUUAAUGAGUACAGCACGUAAAUACAAAACAAAAGACGAUAGUGAAGUCCAACAGUGACAAUGACUGUACAUGGAACAAAAACCCACAACCACAAGGUGAAAACACACAGAAUAAAUAUGGCUCCCAAUCAGAGAUAACGAGCCGACAGCUGACACUCGUUACCUCCGAUUGGGAGUCACUGACCAAACACGGAAACAAAACCAAAACCAAACACAACAAAUGAACACACCCUAUACCCAACACAACCAAAUGAAUACACCCUGGCUCAAACAACACAGUCCCGGAGCCAGAGCGUGACACAUAUCCAUAAUUUAUAUCAAACUAUCUAUCACACUAAAUGCAAUAGACUGUAGACAUAUGUGAGUUGGAGUUGUUGAGGUCUGGACAUUUUGUGCCAGUAAUGAAAACCCCCAUGUUUCCUGUGCUGCUGUUGAUACAGAUGUGUGGUAUUGAGUAGCUUUCCAGAUGGGCACGCUGCACUGUUCACUACUACUCUGACUGACUCUGUGGAGGUGUGUCAGUCCACAGUGGGACUCUGACACGUCUGUGGACGCAUGAAGGGGUCAUUGUUAUUACUGUUCUAACCCCCCUUCCAUCCCUCUCUGCUGGUUUAGGCGCCUGCCAGCAAGUCAAGCGUAGGAAGGAGGCGGGAGAGAACCGCAUCAGGCCUGGAGGCAAGCGGGCCAAGGUUCGCUACCCCAAACUGAACGAAAAGGAGAAGGAUGCAGGAGGAAGAGGCCAGUCCAUCCUGACCCAGGUUCUGGAUAAGGGCCGUUUCCUGAGGCUGGGAGAGAGCAUGAGCCUCACCCCGGGGAAGAACAUAGAGCUGCGUUGUAAAGGCAGUAACAUUGGCUGGUCCUACCCUACCUACCUGGACACCUUCAAUGACUCCCGACUCAGGUGACCUGAAGGCUGCAUCUCAAAUUGCUCCCUAUUUAGUGCACCACAGGGACCUUAGGGCUUUGGUCAAAAGUAGUGUGCCAUUAUAUAGGGUGUGACUUGGGACGAAGCCAUUGAUUAAGAGAUCACUUGUUUAGUCUCAAAUCACUAUGCCUCCAGCUGAUAGUAACCUAACAAUGAUCUGUAAUGUCAUUGUGUUCCCUUUCUUUCACUCCCACCAUACAGCAUCAAGCAGAGUGACAAGUACAGCCAGUUGAUCCUGACGUCACCCUCUGCUGCCGACACAGGGGCGUACAGCUGCUGGGUCAUACUUUGUGACGGAUCUGAGUGUCUCAAAGACCCCGACCGCACCUCCAGCACUUACAUCUACUUCACAGGUGAGCAGGGUGCCUCUACUGUAACACUAUUUACUGUUUAUACUUGAUGAACCUAACAACACUUCAGAGACAAUUUUAUCGCUGCCAUUCAGACUAUAUAAAAAUGCUUUACCUCACUUCAAAAUCAUCAUUACCCUCGUCCCCCCUUCCCCUCCAACCAGACAAGGACGAACUCUUCGUCCCCUCUGCCAUCCACUUUGAGAUCAUCUACCUGCGUCCGGACAAGCCUGCUGUUAUCCCCUGUCGUGUGAGCAGUCAUCUGGCCAAGGUGUCUCUGCACAGAGAGGUCCCCCCAGAGGAGAUGGAGGUGGACGGGACACUUGUCUCCUAUGACCCAACCAAGGGCUUCAUCCUCCAGAAGCCCAGUCCAGAGCACCAGGGAGUGUUUUACUGUAAGGCCGUGACCAAAGCCACCCCACAGAUCUCCACCAAGUACCAGCUGCUUUACGUGGAGGGUAGGAAUUUAGCAACCGUGCACCAUCACACACACACAGAAAAAACAUUUGUUGUCAAUAGAUCACAAUACUGAACAUUUGUUGUCAAUAAAUCACAAUAGGGAAUAAUGAUUGUCAAUAGAUCACAAUACUUGUGCUCACACUAACAUAAGUUGCUGGUCAGUAGACCCAAAAAGUAAAAAUAAAAAAAGUUAAAUAAAAUCUACAUUAUAGCCCCACAGAUGGGAAUGUGAUGUAUCUAAUUUGAAUUACUUUACACAAUAGCUGAAAGGCAAAGCCAUUUCACAAUUACCACAUGAAUUGAUUCGAGGUGUACCUCCCUAUGGGCCCUGGUCAAAAAGCAGUCCACUAUAAAGGAAAUAGGUUGCCAUUUGGGACGCAGACUUCGUCUGAUGUGCAUCAUCGGCUUCCAGGAAUAGAGUGUAUUUCACUGAGUUAUCGAAAGGCUGUUCCAUGGUACGGUAGGGCUCUUUGUUUAAUUGGACUUGUGCCUAUGGCAGUGGAGACAUGGACUCGCUUUGGCUGCUUUAAGUGGGUUCGAUCAGUGGUGAAUUUAUGAAAUGCAAACUGUGUGUGUGUGGUCAGGUGAUAUCAAAUCUCUCACUUCAGCUUUGACAGGCAGGUGGAAAAUAGGAUUAAGGUUUAGGUUGACCAAGUAUGUUUACAAUCCUAUAGAUUAGAAAAUAUACUAUACUUUACUAUAGAAGGUACAGUAUAUUUUUUGUCUUACUUCAACGAUCACUGACAACUAGAAAUGUGUUCUGUCCUAAAGCAGUCAGUGACAGCUGUAACCACAUCUGGACAGCACUUGGUCAAUAAAAUGGUUUGUCCCAUAGAGACCCUAUAAUAAAUGUCCUAUUUAGUUAUGUGGUUUGUCCUUCCUUAACUCUGUUGACAGUGCCCAGUGGCCCACCCUACGUUACCAUUGAAGCUUCCUUUUCCUCUGCGAGAGGAGGAGACAAUAUCAACAUCACCUGUACUGUCCUGGGGGAACCAGAGGUGGACCUCAGCUUCACAUGGACCUAUCCUGGCCAGGUAAACUGGAUGUCACCCUUUCUCAGUGAUGCUUGAUGCUUCAUCUGUGUGCUUCAUCUCUUAAGCUUGUGAAAUAGGUAUUUUGACCUCAAUGGGGAAUUCCUGGUUAAAUAAAGAAUAAAAAGGUUACAUAAAAUCUUUCCACACUCUACAUUGCACCCUCCUUUGUUAUCUCGCUCCUGUGAAAUGGCUCAAUCAAUCUCCUUUUGGAGGUAUAAUUCUGACCCAGUUCUUUCUUUCUCUAUGCUCUGUUCAGGACCUCCGUCCUGUUAGUGUGCAUGACUCAUGGAGGCUGAUCAACAGAGGAAUGGGACACACCACCCGCAUCUCCCAGAGCGUCAUGACCGUAGAUGACCUGGAGACCAUCGACUUUGGGAGAUACAUCUGCAGAGCGAAGAACAAGCACGGGGAGACCGCAGUGGCCACCAGCGUCAACUCUUACUAGCCAGACAGAGCAGGAGAGAAGACUUAUAACCUCCAUAGGCAACGUUCCACUUAGGUGGCAAUUUCACAUUUUUCACAUAAGCCAUCUUGCAGCUUGAGUAGAUUUCAACUAUGUUUGUCACUCUGCUGAGGUUGAUUGACCAGUAAAGCUAGCACAAGGAGUAUACUAGUUUAGAUAUUACAAAACCACAGAGUUAAUCUUAGUAGGUCUGUUAUCCAGUCAAAAUCUGAAUGUAUCCGGCGUAUGUAUGCACAUUUACUCAAUGAUCUGUUCAUACCUUUACUUCCUCUCCAAAAUAUGUAUGGUGCACCUCUUCUUGGGCAAAGGUACCUGCAGGACAGAUGUAUCUGUAUGCCCAUACUUUCACUUCUGUGGAGAAAUACAUAUUACAAUUAAACAAUUUAAUGCAUGCUUUGUUGGGGGAUUUGAUCGGUCUAAAAAGGAAGACAGCAAUCGUGUGAGAGGUGCUUCUUCUCCGUCUCUCUGGUGUGAAGAAUAAAACAUAGUUUAUAGCGGAGCAGAGUGAGCAGUGUGCCGUGCCUCACUCCUAAUGUUUCAAGUUUCAAGUUUUAAUUUCACUUGCACAAGUACAGUGAAAUG